AUGCCGACUGCACAUCAAUCAGUGAUCUCCAUCCGUCCGCCAUGGACCACCUUCUUCAAAGGAGCUGCAGUGAAAAUGAUUUGCAAUGGAUCUGAUGAUUAUGUAACAGGGCAAACACAAUAUAUUUGGUAUGAUCAUAAAAAUAUACGAGAUAAAACCACAGGAAACAACCUCACAGUCCGUGAUUCUGGAAUGUACAGAUGCCAGGCUCCGGGCUCACUCCCAAGUAAGCCUGUGAAUUUGCUGUUUUCUUCAGGUUCCCUUAUCCUUCAGACCCCAACCUUUGUGUUUGAAGGUGACAGCUUCAUUCUGAGAUGCAAGAAAAGAGGAAGAGGAAGAGGAAGAAGAAAAGAGUUGACUGAUGUGAAAUACAUCCGGAAUGGGAAAAUUAUUUCUAAUUUUAACAAAAGCUUAGACCUUUUUAUACCUCAAGCAAGGUUAAAUGACAGUGGCUCAUACCAGUGCAUUGGAAUUGAGAAUAAAAUGUAUAAAUUUAGGUCAAAUUUUAAAAUUAUUAAAAUUCAAGAACUAUUUCCAGAUCCAACACUGAAUAUCACAGACCUCCAGCCUGAAGAGGGGAGCUCAGUCACACUGAUCUGUGGAGUACAGCUUCCUCCGGAAAGACAGGACACUCUACUACACUUCAUCUUCUACAGAGACAAUGGGGUUGUGUUGUCAAAGUGGAGCAGGUCCCCAGAAUUCCAGAUCUCCAACAUCUGGAGAAAAGACUCUGGAGUUUAUUGGUGUGGCGCUGAAGCUGUGCUCAACAACAUCUCUAAGCACAGUCUUCCGAGACAGAUCCACGUGCAAAAAGCUGGUUUUCCAGGAGACAACGCAAGCAGCUGUCCCACACCAAGACCAAAAGAGUCACCUCAACACAUGUGUCCUGAUGCUAUGGAGUUACAAGUAGUGGAUGGCAAUGCACACCUCAAAGAGGGAAAUAUGGUGUACUCAGAGAUCCAGAUGAUUUGUGUUAAAGAAGAAGGGAAUGAUAUUGGCAAAGAUGUGAAAGUGUCACCUCCUCUGUUGGUAUUGCCAAGCCAGAAUGACUUCGAGGUCAUCCUGUAA